CAUGUAAAAUUAUUUGGGUGGAGUUGUUUCUUUUCAGUCGCUGUUCAAGUGAACUGCAUGGUAAAAACAUAGAACUAUAAUAGGAAAUUUACUAGACUUCUUAAUUUAAGUUCCGUAGAAUCUCAACUCAAUAACCAGCGUGAAAAGGAAGGGCAUCCAGUUCCAUAUAUGUGUUGUGUAAAACCUCUUCACGAGCCUUACUGGAUGCUAUCGAUCGAACAUUUCUGUUAACGAUGGAUCGGUAGCCUUGGGGAUGGACAAUUCUCCUUUGAAUCAGGCCCAUCGAGAGCAGCGACGGGCAGAGUCUUUUCAACGUGGGGGAAGACUAGAAGAAGCUGCUGAGUGUCAUGGCAGAGCUGCUGAGCUGUUGAAAGCAGCAUUAACCCUAACCAAAAACAAUCUUGCCCUCCAAAGCAUUACUCUGCAGUAUGAUCACCACCUGCGACAGCAUCAGCUUCUCAGCAAACAGCUGGAGAAGUACGUGAAAGCAAUGGAGAACCAGCGUGUGAAGAUUGGGAGUGUGAGUGGAAGCAGUGGUUCAGGAUCAGGCUCAGGUUCAGGACUAGGUUCAGGCUCUGGGAGUCGUGAACUACCCAGCUCUCUUGUGUCUAAUUUUGGCAAGAGGGCUCAUACAAUAUCAAUGGAAAUGGCAAAGUAUUCAGAAAAGUUUGAUUCUAUACUUUACCAAUUAACUGUGGAAGGAAAUGAAAUCAAGAGCCAACAGGGACGGACAAACUUUUCACAUGAAUCUCAAGAGAUGGCUGCUCCCUUUGAGAAAUUAGCAACGUCAGCAGCAGUAGGUGGAGCCAAAGAGUUGGCAGCAGUGGUGGAGGAGUUGCGUUCACUGCAUGACCACCAGACUGAUCUUGUAACGCAACUCUUAAGUGAACUCUCCUCUGCUGAAAAAGAAAAUUCACUUCUGAAGGCUCAGGUACGGGAGUUGCAGGCUCGGUGUGAAGGCUAUGAAAGUGAACGGAGGAGACUGCGGGCCAUGGCAGACUCCAGUUGCUCACCUUUUGUGUUCUCACCACUGAGUGAGUUCUCUCCAGACCCUCCAAAUGUGCCUGAUCUGGCUCCUUUGGAGAUGCCUCCAUUGGACUUCUUAGACAACCAUGAGGCAGACUCUUAGUAGGAGUUAAAUCAUUGACACAGUAGAGUGCAAGAUUCUGGGAAUGUACCAUAUAUCUUGUAUUCAAUCCAGUUUUGUGUUUCAUUGCAGGAAAACCAUCUGCUAUUCAUCAUCUAUACAUACAACCAUUGUAUGAUGGUUUUGCAUUGAUAUAACCCAAAUUACCAGAAUUUUCCUAAGUAAUUCAGUCAGUUAAUAUAUGUAUCUCCUCUUGUUAGUAUUAUUAUUUUACAUACAACUGACUUUACUCAUUAUUGAAAAAACUUCUUCCAGUCUCUUUCAAGAGUAAAACGAGAUAAAAAGUAUCCUUGAAUUAUAUGUUUGUAUUUAAUGCCAUUGCUUUUGCAUCAAUGUCAGUAAAAGGGAGCAGAAGAAUCUUGGAUAUACAAUAUAUUUUCUUAUUAUUGUUCAUUAGUCAUUUCUUGAUGUUCUCUGUCUGUGUGUUUGUCCAUUUCUCUCUCUCUCUCUCUCUCUCUCUCUCUCUCUCUCUCUCUCUCUCUCUCUCUCUCUCUCUCUCUCUCUCUCUCUCUCUCUCUCUCUCUCUCUCUCUCUCUCUCUCUCUCUCUCUCUCUCUCUCUCUCUUUCUCAGAACUGGGAACAGAAUUAUUAUUAAUAAAGUUUUUAUAUCAUGCAAAACAAGGUUUGCAUUAUUAUAAGUCUGCAUUCAUGUGUAUGCAGUUUGACAUUCUAAGGAUAUAAUCCAUAUUUCCCUGUACACUAUAAGUCAUGUGUUGCAAGGAUUACUCAAAUACCAUAAAGUUGGGAAGGCUAUACAUGCUGUAAAUCAGUCAUGGACUUGUGUUGCCUAGGUCAUGAGCAAAUGGUAUGCAUAUAUAUUCUUUUCUACAUAGUGUGCACCAGGCCAGCCCAGUUCAUUAAUAGCUCAUUCUUCCUGUAUAGCCCAGGUGUGCAACUUGCAUAUAGUAUGUGCACUUAGAAUUAAGUAUCUUUGAAAUAAGUAUAAAUUUAAAUAAAGAAAAAAAAAAAAGGAAAGGAAAUGGCAUCUGCAAACUUUUGAUUUUAUUUUGGGUUUUAGCUGCAAGCUUGAGUUUACUUCAUUUUGGAUAUUAGUUCCUGUGUACAAAAUAAUUCCUUGUGUGUUAGUUUAUAAUGGUCACAUCUCAGAAACUCCUUUUUUUUUUUCUGUGAAUAACUUGGAAAUUUGCUUCCUUCCUUUUUAUGCUUACAAUACAAACCAUUGAUGUGUGUUUGACAAAGGAGUGAUGGAGACAGCACACUUGACUCUCACUGCCAUCUGAAGUGACUAUAGGUAUUAUAUAAUUUUCCCAUUGAACUCCAGUCAGUUAUUUUCUAAUUAAAUGGUUGCACUUGCCCAAUAAAAAAAAGUUACGUAAUUCAUCAUUGUCAUUUUAAUAAGUGACAAAAUUAUUUUUUUAGGUUGUGACAGUUUUAGUCUACUGUUUCUUAAGGUAUCUUGUUAUUAAAACUAAGAAUUUGUUUUAAUUAGGGAAAAGAAGAACUUGAAUAAUUUGGCAUCAUCCAAAAGUAACAAAUAUAUGAAAAUAUCCAGAAAUAUCUUUAAAAAAGCUGAUAAUACAAAAUUAUCUGCAUUCUGCAUAAUAUUUUAGUGCUAAAUUGCAUUUCAUAUCUGGAAAUUCUUUAAAACUUGCCCAUGCAGUAUCAUCUGCUAUUUAUUUUUCUAUUUGUAUGUUUACAGGAUUAAUAUAGUGCAAUAUUGGUGUCAGUUUUGAAUAUCUACAAUUGCAAACCAUGGAAUGUUCUAGGAACUUAUAUCUACAUAUUGAAAAUGUUGUCACAAUGUAUUCAGUAUUCAAUUCUAUAUUGAAUAUUAGAGAAGCAUACAAGUAGUUAGCAGUUCUUGGUAACUUACAAGAUUUGUUUGUUAGUUGAAUUCAAGUCUUUUUGACUAAAUUCACACAAGUUUCUAUGAAGCAGUGAAAUGCACAAAAUUAAUUUUUGUCAGCUUUAUGGGAUAGAAAUUUAUCUGCUGGCACAGGUAGCAAUAUUUCUACUAGUUCACUGUAGUGUGCAGAUAAAACUAAGCUUUUCUUAUAUAUUUAUAUCUUUCUGACAAUUGUCUUAAUUUUUCCAACACUUACAUACUGUGACAAAUUUCAGGUGAAUUAAGAUAUUAAUUUUGAGCUUUGUUUCAGUAUAAAGUGCUUGAGAUACAUCUUAUAAUAUAGUUUCAAAUACAAUGAGCACUGCCAAAAGUUACCUUAUUGUAGCAGUGAGCAAUGUUUGUGCCACCUACUUUCUGAGUUUUCUGUAUCAGAAGGUAUACUGACCUCACUGUUUUGCGUGUUUGCAUCUUUAAAUUGUUUUUCUCAAGUGUGACUGCAUGUUGCCACAGUUUCAAUAGGUAGUGUACCCAGCCAUUUUGGUAUUUUCUAUUCCUCAUCCCAUUUGAAUCUUAUGUUUACUUGAAUAUUUUUUAAAGCCUUUAGCUCAUGAAGGAGACAUCUGGACAUGAGGCUUUUUUUUUUUUUUCUUUUUUUUUUUUUUUUUUUUAAUGAGGGAAUGGUGAAUGGCAUGGAGCAUGAGCUUAACAUAAAAAAAAAAAAAAAAAACAGUUAUGAGAUCUGUGGACUAUACAAUGCAAAAGUUCUGGGUAUUUUUCCAUGUUGAACAUCUCUUAGCACCUUUUGUGCUUUUUUAUGAGAGGACACUCAAGUGGAAGACUAAAAAACUGUUUAGUGUGGAAAUUGCUUUAGAUAGUAGCAGAUGUCUUGGUUAUCACCAAUAUUCUAAUGAUAUUAAAGUAUUGCUAUCAUAAUAGUUAAUUUAGAAACCAUCUUUUUCUUACACAGCUGUAGCAUUGAUACCAUAAUAGCUUGUUGCUGUAAUCCUAUUUUCUGGUUCUUAAUGUGGUGAUAUGCUACAUAUAUGGUUUCCUGCCACUUGCCUUCCCUUCCUAAUGUGAAAACAGAUGUAUGAUGAUCAAGUACUUAACUCAUUCUUUUUCAUAAUAAUAACAAAGAGAGAUCCCCAGAGAUUGUAGAGAUAUAUGAGUUUGAUUCAUGUUAUGAAGAGGUACAAAAAAUUGUAGCUCUGUUAAUAUAUGUUUAUGAUCAUGUUUUUUGGAUGGUAUUCCAGAACUGGCAGUAAGUGGAUGCUAUCGUAAAUAUUUUUUAUUCCACUUUUUAUCUUGAAAAUUAUUGGUAUAUAUAUAUAUAUAUAUAUAUAUAUAUAUAUAUAUAUUCAGUCCACAGAAAGACAAGUCUUUUCAGAGGUUAGCAGGGAGGUUUACCAAAGUACCAUGGAACAUUGGCUUAAGACAUCUUAGCAGGACGCUUUCAUCAUGAAGGGUGACAGAGAAAGUUGUCGCUACCUAAGCCUGGGUUUGAACCCAGGCCUUUUUAGCUGCAAGCUAACCAUACUAAUCCCUCUACCAAUAGGAUGCUCUCUUUGCUCUUCAGAUGCAAAAAGUUAAAACUGAGAGAAUGCAUUAAUGUGUGUACCUUACCUCAUUUAUUUCCUUUUAAUGGCAAUGGCAGGCUGGUACAAGUAUAUAAGACAGAUGGACAUAUACAUUAGUUAUCAAUCAUGAAUUUUACAAUGUGCAUGAUUUUAACCCUAUAUUACCUAUACACAAACUGCCAUUAAGUCAUCAGGUUCCAUAAUUUGGUCAUAAUUAUAUCACAAAAUCUAACAAAUCCAGAUAAUAAGAUAGUUACUGUUCUUUGGAGUACAAUUUGUGGAGAUUGCAGUAUUUUACAUAAAUAUUUUGUCAAUUAUUGGGCUGAAUAUGCAAACUACAGUACUGGUCAAUCUUCCUUUGUACACACUAAUUACUAAACACCAUAAUGCCUGCUAAUUUGUCCAGCACCACUCAUUAUACUUUCAUGUCUUAUCAAUUUCUUUACCAUAAGAGAUACUAUUUGCAGCUUUACUUUUCUUUUACCUAUACUCCUUUAUCCAAGUUAAUAUCAUUAUUUAUUCACCUGUUUACAAAAAAAUGUCAUGGUUGGUCAUAUGGCCUGUAGUCAUAGUAAACAUCUUAUUUUAUACCAUAACAGCACAAUAUGUAUUUUGAUUUCUAAGAAAACAUAAGCAUACAUUUUCCUCUUACUUUUGGCCCAACUGUAAUGCAUUGUUAUAAUAUAGUACAUUUCAGAAUAAUAUAGGGUGUAUCAUAGUCCUGCUCAAAUUUACUUUUCACAAGUCAAAUAUUAUUAAAACUCUGUCAUAUGGAGCAUUCUCUUACCCUUAUCGCUGUUCCUCAGUAAUGUAAUGUGUUAUAAGGACAAGUAAUAUACAAACUAAUUUCUUUCUUUUGAUGUAUAUUACCUUAUUCUUUAAUUGAAAUUUAUCCCACCUGAUGGCAGCUGCUGCUUAUGUAAACUCUGAAGACAGUAUGCACUGCCACAAAGAAAUUAAUCUUUAUAAGUAUGAAUGGGGGGACCAAAAUAAUAUUUGUUUUUUAAGACAGCUUCAUACUUUACAAAUAUCUGUAUCAGAGCUAGUUUAAAGGCUACUGGAAAGUUAGGUCAGACUGUCAAAGCUGUUGCUGCUGCUGCUACAUAUUUUCAAUUUAUCAUCAUGGACUAGUAUGCAUAAAUGUAUAAAACUAUUGUUACUUUUAUACUUAAUAUGAAGAUUUGUAUCACAGCUAUGUGAAUAACAUAAAGUGUUUACAGUA